CCAUCAUAAUCAAUUUUGACUAUAAGCAAUACAAUCACUUCUCACAAAUUAUUUGCUGAAAUUAUUAUUUGGGUUUUCAUUUGUUUUUUCUGAGGUAUAAAAAUGGAGAAGAAAGGUGCUGGUGGAAGAAAGGGUGGUGGUCCAAAGAAGAAGCCAGUUACAAGAUCUGUUAAGGCUGGAUUACAGUUUCCGGUGGGUAGAAUUGGUCGUUAUUUGAAAAAGGGUCGUUAUUCUCAGCGAAUUGGAACUGGUGCUCCUGUUUAUCUUGCUGCUGUUCUUGAGUAUCUUGCUGCUGAGGUAUUGGAAUUGGCUGGAAAUGCAGCAAGAGACAACAAGAAGAAUAGAAUUAUACCAAGGCAUGUUUUGUUAGCUGUGAGGAACGAUGAAGAACUCGGAAAACUUCUAGCUGGUGUAACCAUUGCUCAUGGAGGUGUUCUUCCUAACAUCAAUCCAGUUCUUUUGCCUAAGAAAUCCGAUAAAGUUGGAAAAGAACAUGCUAAAUCACCAUCUAAGGCUACCAAAUCACCACGAAAGGCCUAAAUUUUUGACGAACAACUUCUCAUUGGGCAAUGGAGAUUGUACUAAAGUUGUAUGAAUUAGGAUUUAUGACUUCGUUUUUGUUUCUAAUAAUCUGUUAAUGUAUGUAGUUUUGGUAUCUAUUACUGCUUGUUGUAGGACUUGAAAAUCUGUUGAAAACUAGGAACAGUUUAUUUAUUUUAUGUUUUGUAAAACAAAUGAUUUGCAGUUAAUCAAGUAUUACUUCAGUGGUUAAA